GAUAGUGAUAGGGUCAAUCACUGAUAUGGGAGGUGGCGGCAAAUGCAAUGGGCACAUGCAGUGGGAGUGGAUAAGGGGUCAUUCGAGUUGAUGUUUUACUGACAGCGGAACAGGAAGAGGAAUUGUGAGGGUCGAGAGUUAGGCUAAUGGAAGCUUUGAAGCCCUACGGCACGAUAUGCUCACAGCCUUUCUUCAAGCACGUCAUUCGCUUACCUUCCUCCACUUCCACCAUCACUGCCCUCGUUCCCAAAUCUUCUCGCUCCGCCCAUUUCCUUCGCUGCUGUUCUUCCGCUGCAAUCUCCACUGCCGGAGACGGAAAGCUUAAGCUCUCAGGUCGCACCCGCCGUUCUUCCUCCUCGACUACGUCGCCACCUUCUUCCACGUCUGACAGGGAGGCCGUUCGUGCAAUUCGCUUAAAGAAGGUUGAAGAGUUGAGGAGCAAGGGCUUCGAACCUUAUGCAUAUACGUGGGACCGGACUCAUACUGCUAAUCAGCUGCAAGAGUUGUAUAAGCAUCUAGGUAAUGGCGAAGAGUCUAAUGCCGAUACGGAUUGUGUGUCAGUAGCUGGAAGAAUUGUGGCUCGCCGAGCGUUUGGAAAGCUUGCAUUUCUGACGUUAAGAGAUGAUUCUGGUACAAUUCAGCUUUACUGUGAGAAGGAAAGGCUCGUAAAUGAUCAGUUUGAUCAUCUAAAGAAUCUCGUUGACAUUGGAGAUAUUCUUGGUGUUCGAGGUUCAAUUAAGCGAACCGAGAAAGGGGAACUUUCUGUUUGUGUGAAUUCUUUUGAAAUCCUGACAAAGUCAUUACUUCCACUUCCUGACAAAUAUCAUGGUUUAACUGAUGUUGAUAAGCGCUACCGCCAAAGGUACGUAGAUAUGAUUGCAAAUCCCGAAGUAGCUGAUACAUUUCGGAAAAGAGCAAAGAUAAUAUCAGAGGUUCGCAAAACUGUGGAAUCAUUAGGGUUUGUUGAAGUUGAGACUCCAGUCCUACAGGGAGCAGCUGGGGGAGCUGAAGCAAGGCCUUUUGUUACAUACCACAAUUCCCUUGGGAGAGAUCUGUAUUUAAGAAUAGCUACUGAGCUCCAUUUAAAGAGGAUGCUUGUUGGUGGCUUUGAGAAAGUAUAUGAAAUUGGACGCAUAUUCAGAAAUGAAGGAAUUUCCACUCGUCAUAAUCCCGAAUUUACAUCUAUCGAGAUAUAUGAAGCAUAUUCCGAUUAUCGGAGUAUGAUGAAUAUGGCGGAAGAAAUUGUUACUCGUUGUGCACUUGCUAUCCAUGGGAAGCUUUCUGUUGAUUACCAGGGAACUGAUAUAUGCUUUGAAAGACCUUGGAGGAGAGAAACAAUGCACAACCUCGUGAAAGAAACCACUGGGAUAGAUAUAAAUGAGUUUGGAAAUGACCUUAAAGUUGCCAAAGAAGUUACUUUGAGGACCAUUGGGGAUGCGCUUGAUGGUAAGGAUACAACUUCUAUUGAAGCAAGCCAAUCCAUUGGGCAUCUGCUAUCUGAGAUUUUCGAGCUUGUUGUGGAACCGAAACUCAUUCAACCCACGUUUGUUCUGGAUUACCCUAUUGAGAUAUCUCCUCUGGCUAAACCUCACAGAAGGCAUGCAGGGUUCACAGAAAGAUUUGAACUUUUCAUUUGUGGUCGUGAGCUGGCCAAUGCAUUUUCCGAAUUGACCGAUCCUAUUGAUCAGAGAGGACGAUUUGAAGACCAGAUCAGGCAACACAAUGAGAAGCAUGGCUCAGCUGUUUCUGGAACAGACUCUUUGGACUUCAAUCGCACAAAAGAUGAGAAUGAUUCUUAUGAAGUGACACUUGACGAUGAUUUUCUUACAGCUCUGGAAUAUGGAAUGCCACCAGCAUCUGGACUGGGAAUUGGAAUUGAUAGAUUAGUGAUGCUUCUGACAAACUCUGCAAGCAUUCGAGAUGUAAUUGCUUUUCCUGUGCUUAAAAGUCAGCAGUAAUUUUAGAACGAUUGACAUGAGAGGCUCAAGAUUUGUUCUUAAACUCCAAGUUUUGUUCGGCAGUAGGACCAGUUAGAUGGCGUAAGUUCACAUUUAUGCAUCUGGAUGUGCUAUUUGAGGCUUGCCGUCCAUUUCUGUUAUCCAUUUAUUGCCGUAAAAGGGCACUACAGUUUUGUGGAUUGGAUUGAGAUUUUGAAAUAAUAAAGUUUAUGUAUGAUUAUGAA